UGUAUUUCUUUUAUGGCAUGUUUUCUUCCUAUAAAUUAUUUCCCAUCUCUUCACAUUUUUUCCCACAUCUCUCUUUUCAUUGCACUUCAAAUCUUGCUCUUUCUCUAUCGCUCUACGACUUUCUUCCACUGCAGAGAAGGAAAGUUUUUGAUAAAGAGAUACAGAAAUAACCUUGUAAUUUUGGCUUGAAAAGCCAUGGCAAAGGAGCAAAUUCAGGUACUAAAUGCGCUUGAUGUUGCAAAAACGCAAUGGUACCAUUUCACAGCAAUCGUCAUCGCUGGAAUGGGCUUCUUCACCGAUGCAUAUGAUCUAUUUUGCAUAUCCCUUGUUACAAAGUUGCUUGGCCGCAUAUAUUACCAUGUUGACGGUUCACCAAAGCCCGGUUCAUUGCCUCCCAAUGUUGCAGCUGCUGUAAAUGGUGUGGCUUUCUGUGGAACACUUUCAGGACAGCUUUUCUUUGGUUGGCUUGGUGAUAAGAUGGGAAGGAAAAAAGUCUAUGGCAUGACUCUGAUGAUGAUGGUGAUAUGUUCCGUGGGUUCCGGCCUUUCAUUCGGUCAUAGUGCAAAAUCUGUAAUGGCAACCCUCUGCUUCUUCCGGUUCUGGCUUGGAUUUGGCAUUGGUGGAGACUAUCCACUUUCUGCCACCAUAAUGUCUGAGUAUUCAAACAAGAAGACUCGCGGGGCCUUCAUUGCUGCAGUGUUUGCCAUGCAGGGUUUUGGCAUUUUGGCAGGUGGUAUAUUUGCAAUUAUAGUUUCAGCUUCAUUCAAUAGCAGGUAUACUGCUCCAGCAUAUGAGGUUGAUCCAGCCGGGUCAACAGUCGUACAAGCAGACUACAUUUGGAGGAUAAUUGUGAUGGUGGGAGCACUCCCAGCGGCAUUGACUUACUACUGGCGGAUGAAGAUGCCGGAAACUGCCCGUUAUACUGCUCUAGUAGCCAAGAACAUGAAGCAGGCAGCAGCAGAUAUGUCUAAGGUUCUGCAGGUCGAGAUUCAAGCUGAACCACAGAGUGAAGAUCCGGCAAAGCCCAAGCCAUAUGGCUUGUUCUCAAAGGAGUUCCUCACUCGCCAUGGACUGCAUCUGCUUGGUACAUCAAGCACUUGGUUCUUGCUUGAUAUUGCGUUUUACAGUCAAAAUCUUUUCCAGAAGGACAUCUUCAGUGCAAUUGGUUGGAUACCUCCAGCCAAAACCAUGAAUGCUAUUGAGGAGGUUUACAAAAUUGCAAGGGCUCAAACACUCAUUGCUCUCUGCAGUACAGUUCCUGGCUACUGGUUCACGGUGGCUUUCAUUGACAAGAUAGGAAGAUUUGCCAUCCAAUUGAUGGGCUUCUUCUUCAUGACUGUCUUCAUGUUUGCUCUUGCCAUCCCCUAUGACCACUGGACUCAUAAGGAUAACCGGAUAGGAUUUGUGGUGAUGUAUUCAUUGACCUUUUUCUUUGCAAACUUUGGGCCCAAUGCUACCACUUUUGUGGUGCCAGCAGAGAUUUUCCCUGCUAGAUUCCGAAGUACUUGUCAUGGAAUUUCAUCAGCAUCUGGAAAGCUUGGGGCUAUUGUUGGUUCCUUUGGGUUCUUGUACUUGGCACAAAACAAGGACAAAAGCAAAGCUGAUGCAGGGUACCCUGCAGGUAUUGGUGUAAAGAAUUCACUUAUAGUUUUAGGUGUAGUUAACAUUCUAGGCUUCUUCUUCACUUUCUUGGUUCCUGAGGCAAAGGGAAGAUCGUUGGAGGAGAUGUCAGGUGAGAAUGAAGAGGAUGUUGGAACCGGGGAAGAAUCAGAACAAUCACAUCCUCACAACAACAAAACUGUUCCGUAUGUUUAGGAUACCUUCGUCUAUAAUGUUGUUGUUACAAUAAAGAAGGGGCUUCAAUUAGACUUGGAAAGCACAAAAGCAGCUUUCCUUGCCCAUCGCCAAUAUUUCUGUUAAAUUUUGCUUGGACAUCAUGUAGUAGGAACUACGGCUAUCUCUUUCAAGAAUAUUGGCAAACUCGAGUUCCAUUUGAUGUAUAAUCAUAUUGGUGUAUACAACUUUCAAUAAAAAGUUUGACAGACCGGCUAUGUUCUGCAUGCCAUCUUUAUUUUCAA